AAAGUGGUACUUGUCUUGUAUAUAGUAGUGCCUGGUAUCGUAGUCGUUCACGGUUGUACUUGCUCAACAAAAUAUUAAGAAUAUCUACCAAUACCCACCUACCCAGUAUCUUAUAUUGAUAAGAAGAAUACUAGGUCGUCGUCUUUUGGUCUUUAUCACCUUUCCUCUACCUGCUACCAUUAUCAUCCUCUCAAUUGUCGUAAUAUCAAAUACAUAUCAAUACCGUCCGCCCAACCACCCCUCUCACGGUCCUGGCAAUAUCCGGGGUACUACCAAAGCGUUAUCUCGGAAAUCAAGCUUAGCUAAACCCCCCCAGGAACUCAAAACUUUGGAUUUUCCUAAAUACUAGAAAUCUUCAUUUCCAAUGCGUCGAGUAGCCUUAAAAGCGAUUCGCACGGCGAGACAAUUACCUGCUCUUCGUAGCACCCGUGGAAGCAUCUUUCAACCAUCAAACUAUGUUCUAAGUGCACGAUAUUCUUCCGGUAGAGCUCCUAUUCCCAAAUCAUCAGCAUCAUCAGCUUCACCACUUCAUAGUUCCGUCAUCCCAGCCUCGAUGUAUUGGCGAAGGUUUGGUCUGGCCUUCGUUUCAGGCUUGGUUGGAUAUGGCGCAUGGUAUGCAUACAACGAAGACGGAACUCUCACUCAAGAAGCCAGUCCAACUUCAUCAGUACAACAAUCCCGCGGCUUCUCAACUAGCACUAUCUAUUCAACACCGAUCGGGCCCGAAGAGACCGCGGAUGCUAGAAAGGCUGUAAUUGUCAGCACAGAAGGUCUUUAUACUGACACCAUUGAAGGUCCAAUUUCAAAGGAUACCGACGAUUCUGGAAGAAAAGUCUUAGAAAUGUUAACACCAGAGCAAGCAACUUCAAAAUUGAGACGAAAUGAGGAAUCUUAUUUUGUCGGUCGUGGCAAGGGAGUUGUGCGAUACGAUGUCGUUCAAAUUCCAAGCAAUGACCCAAUCGAGGAUGAUCAUUCUGAAAAGAUUAUUGAAACCAAUGAAGCAAUUGCCGGACAAUCACCCUCGGAUUGGAUGUUUUGGGGUGUUUUCGAUGGACACUCAGGCUGGACUACUUCUGCGAAAUUACGACAAGUAUUGAUCAAUUACGUCGCUAGAGAACUCAAUUCUACCUACCAAGCCUCUCCAAACCCUUCUACCGAAGCCAUUGAAGCUGCGAUGAAGACCGGCUUCACUCGACUCGACAAUGAGAUUGUACAUGAAAGUGCGCAGAAAGUAAUGAAAGGCAAUUCGAAAUUGGUCGCAGCAGAACUCUUAGCUCCAGCAUUAUCAGGAUCUUGCGCGCUCCUUUCCUUCUAUGAUACCAACACCGGACUCUUGCGCGUUGCAUGCACAGGAGAUUCACGCGCAAUCUUAGGAAGACGAAGCGAUAGUGGAAAAUGGACUGCUAAAGCUUUAUCAAUCGAUCAAACUGGUAGCAAUCAAGAUGAAGAAGCCAGGAUGAGGAAAUUACAUCCUGGAGAGGAUCACGUCAUUAGAAAUGGCCGUGUCUUGGGAGGUCUCGAACCAACUCGCGCAUUCGGCGACGCAACUUAUAAAUGGACUCGUCAAGUUUCAGAGAGGCUAAAGGAAUCAUUCUUUGGGAGAACACCAUCCAGCCUUCUCAGAACCCCACCGUACGUCACUGCGGAACCUGUAGUAACAACUACCAAGAUUCAACCGGAGAGUGGAGACUUUGUUGUAAUGGCUACAGAUGGACUCUGGGAGAUGCUCUCAAACGAAGAAGUAGUCGGUUUGGUUGGACAAUGGAUUGAUAAACAUUCAGCCGAUUCGAAUGGAAAUUCCGCAAGUUCAUGGACUAAAAUGUUUACAGCGUCGCAAAAAGGAUUACCUGUAGAAACAAGUAAAAAUGAUGGUAACAGUGGCCAAAAAGCCCCAAUUCGACAACGUCAAUGGGGCGUCACUGAAAGUGAUAGAUUUGUUGUUGAGGACAAAAAUGUCGCCACACAUUUGGUACGAAAUGCAUUAGGUGGAAAGGAUAAGGAUAUGGUUUGCGCUUUACUGUCACUGCCUGCCCCUUAUUCUAGAAGAUACCGUGAUGAUCUUACGGUAGAAGUCAUCUUCUUCGGCAAUGGACCAAAAUCUGGCGAUAUUAUUGUCAACAAGGAAGCAAGUGCGAGCGCAAAUAACGUCAAGCCUAAACUAUAAAAUUACUUUUAGAUUCAAAGAGAAAGACUACUUCUACUUUUCAGCGUGUAUUAUUAAGCAUUUAGCUUUGAUAUUGGAUUUCAGGGAGGACGAAGGGAAUGAUUGGUAUGGAUGGAUGGUGGUAAUAUACCCAGCGUACUAGUCAGUGAGUUUCGAAAGACUCGAAGUUAUGAAGAGCUCAAACGAUUGUUAGCUAUAAUUGCGAAUGGCAUAUGAAUUCUUCGGAUAUGUUCAUGGUGCUAAUGUUGUGACGAUUCAAAUGUGGAUAUAAAUAUGAGCACGUCUCUACAGGCUGUUGGAAAUUGAUCAAGAGGGGCUCAAAUAGUCUGAGAGAGAAGUGCUCUCGUGACUAUACAGUCAAUUGUGCUCAGGUACCUUGCUGGCUAUGACUUUACGGGCUGAUGUACCUAUCUGCCUACUGGGAUCUAUGAGUCAGUUGCAAAUAUCUGAUAUCUAGCAUCUAGUGAUAAGAUGGGGAGGGCGAUUUCAAAUGCUAUUCAUCAGACUCUGGAGAUGUCCUCCAGUGUAGGCAAUAGUAUUUCCCGUAUUUCGUAUACGGGUUAGUUUAGUGGUGCGUAUCGAAUUUUUUCGAAAUACGUACGUAUGUGGUAUAGAAUUCAAUACCACUGAAAGUAUUCAAUAUCAUUUAGUUAUUCAAUACUAUUAGCAAUAUACUGAAAUACUGGAAUCCAAUAUAAAUAAUACAUUCCUAUCCAAAUUAGGC